UUCCAGCUAAGUCCGAACUCCGCAGGAUCCGUCCAAUUGACCUUAUUUUAUUCGGCCGAACGUCGCUUUACUGUGAGUCCCGAGUCCUGCGUCCACCAGAGACCUUGACCAGACCGCUGCUUGCUCGGACUCCGUCUUCAACUCCUUUGGAUUUGCUGUUCGGCCGCCUGACGGGACGUUUAAAUCUGUAUUUUGAGUCAUUUCUCGGACCAAUGGAGCAAACCUAUGGGGAGGUGAACCAGCUCGGCGGAGUCUUCGUCAACGGCAGACCUUUGCCCAACGCCAUCAGACUCAGGAUCGUGGAACUGGCCCAGCUCGGGAUUCGCCCCUGCGACAUCAGUCGGCAGCUGCGAGUCUCUCACGGCUGUGUCAGCAAGAUCCUGGCCCGAUACAACGAGACCGGGUCCAUCUUGCCGGGGGCCAUCGGGGGAAGCAAGCCGCGCGUCACGACCCCCAACGUGGUGAAGAACAUCAGGGAAUACAAGCAGAACGACCCCGGCAUCUUUGCGUGGGAGAUCCGGGACCGACUACUGGCGGACGGAGUGUGUGACAAGUACAACGUCCCUUCCGUCAGCUCCAUCAGCAGGAUUUUACGGAACAAGAUUGGGAAUCUGUCCCAGCCGAGCCAGUAUGAGAGCAGCAAGCAAGCCUCGGCACAAUCCGGACUGCCAUACAAUCACAUCUACCCCUACUCCUACUCCAACACCAUGUCGCCCACCGGCACCAAAAUGGGGAGCCCACCUGGAGUACCGGGGGGUCACAUGAGCAUAUCCCGCGCUUGGCCUUCCGCGCACACCGUCAGCAACAUCCUCGGGAUCCGGGCCUUCAUGGACCCUGCAGCCAUCGCAGGUUCGGAGGGUUACGGGCCAAAAAUGGAGGACUGGGGCAGCGUCAACAGAGCUGCCUUUCCCGCUGCUCACUCAGUCAACGGCAUCGACAAAUCUGCCAUCGAGGCCGACAUCAAAUACGCACAGCCCUCCUCCACACUGUCCGGUUACGUCUCAGCGUGCGCGUACUCGCCCACCAACCAGUACGGCGUGUACAGUGGCGCAGCGGGGGGCUACGUCACUCCGGGUCACCCACACUGGCAGCCGCAGAGCCCGGGACUGACUCACGCAGCCAGCGGGAUGAGCAUCCACGCGGGAGACAUCCACGCGCCUAUGUCCUUCAAGCACCAGGCUCGAGAAGGAGAAAGAAAACCGAGCAGUCCACUGAUCAAGCAGCAGCAGCACGAGGACCUCAGCAGCGUCCAUGGACUCAGUCUCCCUACCUCGUCCACAUAACCCGGACUAUUGCUUCAUUAGAAACUUUUUCACAAACUCCUCUCCAACCGUAAGUUUGAACGGCGUCUCAGCCACCUCCCCUCCACCCUCCUCCCCCACGCUCCCCCCCCCCCGCCCCAGCAUCUCCCAGAGGAGGACGUGGAAUAACCAGCUUCUGUAUGGACAUAUGAAUGUACGCUUGCAUGGAUGUAACUCAGUGUCUCCCUCUAAGAAACCACCAAUGUUUUGUUUUUUUCUCGACGACCAACGACUCAACCAUGUGAACAGAUCAGUUGUCUAACUGUUAAAUAUUUGCCAAAGCUUUAAUAACAGUAUAUAUUUUUAUAAUUCCACUGUAAAUACACCCCAAAUAAAGGCUUUAUUAAAUGCCUAAUACUGUCAUCUCUUUUUAAUGUAUGCACUAAUUCACCAGCAGAGAAUCAGCUCAAUUAAUAGAAUUGAUAAUUAUUUUUAAAACUAAACUUGAAGUGAAUAAUUGCUGAUUAACAAUUUUUUCACAACAAUACAUGUUGAUACAUAUCUAUGUAUAUAUGAAACUGUCAUUCUGCCAUUUUAAACAUUCAUUAAAAGUAAAGCUGAAAAUUUACUAAAUGUUAUAUUCAAUAUCAUGGUUCAACAUGUAUAGAUUAAAUGAAUAUGAGGUAUUUCUGGCCUUAUGUUUUUCUUUUUUUCCAUUUAUUAAGUGCAUAAUUGCAAUAAUAACAUAAUAUUUAUUGUAUUUAAACCAUCUCUUGUAAGCUAUAUUAAGAAUGUCAGUGAAGUCCACAUAUGAAAAUUCAAAAUUCACAGCUCAAAUAUGAAACAUGACUGUCAGCAAACUUUGUGAAUUUUA